GUGCGGAACCUUUGUGAGGUUAUCCUUGUCAUCCAGUCGGGCGUAUAAUAGCGUUGCAAAGGUCAUUUUUGAGAAUAGCGGUGGAUACAUGAGUGCAGUGUACUUUAACAUUAUUUCAGUUUAUUCAUGACAGCUUUACUUUGCGUAACGCCCGCAUCAUGUCCAAAGAGGAGUUUAUCGUUCAGUCAGCAGCACAGAGUGACGGCGGCGGCGGCGGCAGCAGCAGCAGCGGACUCGGUCUGGUCGUCACUGGGCUGCUGGGCGGCGCGGUGGUCGCGCUGUACGCGGCUGCGGCACCGUUUGUCGCUCCUGCGCUGAGGAAAGUCUGCCUGCCGUUCGUCCCCGCGACCACUGAACAGGUGCACAACGUCUUCAAGGUGCUGGGAGCCAGAAAAGGGACUCUGGUUGACAUUGGCAGUGGAGAUGGGAGGAUAGUGAUAGCAGCAGCCAAGCAUGGCUUUCAGGCAUCAGGCUUUGAGCUGAAUCCCUGGCUGGUGUGUUACUCCCGCUACAAGGCCUGGAGAGAGGGCGUCCACCGCUCCACCUCCUUCCACAUCUCUGACUUGUGGAAGGUCAGUUUUGCACAGUACUCCAAUGUUGUCAUUUUUGGAGUCCCUCAAAUGAUGGACCAGCUGGAGCUGAAGCUGGCAAGCGAGUUACCGAGCACAGCCAAGGUUGUGGCCUGCCGAUUCCCCUUCCCCACCUGGGUCCCUGAACAUACCGCCGGGGAGGGCAUAGACACUGUCUGGUUGUACGAUGCCAAGACAUUUAAAUCACACCUGCAACAUGGAAUGACAGGAAAAACGACAUCAGAACAUGGGGACGUGCCAGAUUCACACACAUAAAUGCAGAAGCUAAAGUCUGGUUAACAGGUCUGGACCAGGACCAGGAGUGGACCUGAAGCAUCUGAAAGUCCGAUGUAUUUUAUUAAAAUGCACCGCAAAAGUGCAACAUCUCCGCACACGUCAUUGUGCAAGUAGGAGGUUAAAUAUGGCAAACCAUUGUAAGUGACUGACUCUAGCACCGGUUGUGAUGAGCAGAGUCUCCUCCAUGUCUGCAGACGUGGGCUGAAUGAUAGUACAGGCAUCUCAUAUUUGACAUGUGUUUUAAGAAGCUUAAAUUCCUAAUAGGAAGAAGAGGAACUGGCCAUGAAUGAUUGCAUAACUUGAUUAUGUCUUGGAAGUUGCAGUGCAAGUUGUAUUGUUUAUACCAUGUAUGAAAUUAAAUGAUCCUUUCUAGACAGACAGGUGUUUCUAAGUGGCUGGUUUGUAACAUUAAACACAGGAACUCCUGAACUAUA